AUGGAGGUCCCUGCUGUAGAGGACUCUAUGGAGAUGGCCUCUCCCUACCAGGCUAAUCACGAUGACUUUGAUAUCGAUCUGGAUCUUAUGGAGGACCAAGUCUCCAACAUGGAUAGUGACAUGAUGGGCGCAGAUGACUAUCCCACCUCUCAGCCCUCUCUUUUCAACAACGAUGCGAUCAAUGAUGCCGACAUGGUCGACGAACCCUCCGAAGGAUCCAUGGUCGAUGCCGACGACAUAGUUGACGAAGACGAUGAUGUUGAAGUCCAGGACGAAGAAGUGACAUAUGAGGCUGAAAUGCAAGAGGGUGACCAACCCGUAGCGGUGGAUGCACCGGUCUUACCCACUAUCCAAGUUGACGUCUCAGCGAAUAUUGAGAACCAGACGAAUCCCCCCAUCCAAAAUGCCCUGGAAACGGUCCCGCAACAAGUGACACAGGAAGGCUUUGGUGGCCAGCCCGAAAUGACCCCUGUCGAAAACAAACCCCAAGAACCUAUUUUGCAGGCUUCGCAGCCAGCCGCAUCUGAAGAAGCCCAGUCUGAGAAACCUCAGCAGCAAAGUGCUGAAGUUGAUGCUGAUGGAAAGGUCGAGUCGCUUGAAGAAACUAAUGAAGCCACGGAGAGUAAAGCUUCGGCCGCCAAGGAACCUCUUGCGCAGGUUGAGCCUCCUACAGAGACUCUCGAGUCUCUGCCGGUGCAAGCUUCAUCUGCCGAGGCAGAUAACGAAAGUGUUGGAAAUUCUAAGACUCAUACCCUGCUUGGGACUGAACACCACGGUGCCCACGACCACGAUGACGAAUCGUUGCAUCCGGUGAAAGUUCUCUAUCAAGGAAAUGAGAUAUCUCUCUUCCCACCUCUUGAAGGCGACUCAGCGGAAACAUUCUUCCUUCAUGACGAAGACGUCGCUUACGAAAAUGUCGGUAGAUUGUUCAGCUCUCUUCGUGAGAUCCUACUGGAUAAUGUUGCCGAGCAUGAGGUACUCGUUAUUGAUAUCGACUCUCUAGGUAUUCAAAUAGCAGAGGACUCCUCGCACGCAUCCAAUAUGACCUUGCACCAGAUUCUGGACGUUUACCUUCGUCUUUGUCAUAAUGACGGUACUGAUGAACCAGACGCCCUGUACCUUUCCCUGACAUCUAAACCGACCUGUCACUCGGAGUUGGCCGCCCUUGUUGCUGCUGCUGACGAAGGCAAGGGCUUGUCACAAAUACAUGAGUGGUACGGUUAUGACGAGGUUGAAGAGGCCAGUCAUGCCGAAGAUAAACCUGCAAAUGUCGAGGAGACUGACGAUCCCCGUGAUUUUACGAAUGCCGAUGAAAGUGAACAGGAGACGGCCCCUGAACUGGAUGAAGCCACUCAAGACACCGGGCCCUUUGCUGACUCUCACCAUGAGGUGCACGAAGCAAGUGGUCCGGAUGUAAAGCAUGCCGAAAUGAGUCAUGAACCGGCUGCUGGUGAUCGGGAGGCUGAGGGAGAGGCCGAUGAUCAUGAAAUAACCCAAGGAGGAAAGGAAGACGUCUUUGCGGAGCCGGCACCCGGUGGCGAAGACCAUAAUGAUACAGAGGGGCACUAUGAUUCAGAAGCCCAACAAACCGAUUCCUCUGCGACCGUCGCCUCGGUUUCUCACCGAAGCGAUCAAGUUGACAUUGGUGCUACGGCUACUGUUGUGUCGAAUGACUUGGGUCAACACGAUGAUGAAAGCGCUGAUGCGCAAGGCUCAGAGCAUGAAGAUGUUUCUCCAUCAGCUGAAGCUUAUGAUGUCGAAAAUCCCGAGAAAUUCCAGGAUACACAUGCCGGCGAGCACGCCAUCGAGGGAACCGGGGACCAUGCCAACGAGGAACCACAUGGCCUAGAUGUUGUCCCCGAAGACGAGGAAUCCCCGGCUGGUGAUAUUGAUGAUGGCUCUUACGAACAAUCCGAAUCCACUCUGGAACCUGCACAACGGGAGGACUCUGCGAACCACGAGCAAAAACCUGAGCCCGAGGACGAUUUGCUUGCAAGAAGCCCCGAGGACGACCUCGCAACCCCUCCCCCUCCCGUCGAUGAUGGUGCCGAGGACGACGAUGCCGACAACCAGCAGUCCGGUAACGGUGACGAUGACGAUGACGGUGACGGUGACGGCGAUGAUGACUUUGACGACUACUAUCCUCCACCUGAUUUAGAGGUCACGGAGGUCACAGAGGCUAUUGAGCUGGGUGAAGAAGAUCCUUCCCUUACUGACUCCCACACCCUUGACAAUGUGUCAACCAAACGGUCCCGUGAGGAGGAAGAUGAAUGGGACAUUGCCGAGGCUACGACCCCGAACUUAAGCGUCGCCGCUCGUAAACAACAUCUUUUUGUCUCGCUGUCCAUUUUUAUCAAUUGGACUACCUCUUAA